GGAGCGAAGUCGCGGGCUCGUCCAGCCGAGCGCCGCUGCCCUUCCCCCUCCCCUCCCGGCCUCCCGGGGCCUUCUGCACGGGACCCGGGCGGAGUGGGUGGUUGUAGGGGAACUGUCCCUCUCUGGACGACCGCCGAAGGGGAAGGCAAGGAUCGGGCUCAGUUGAGCGCGGGCGGCCGGGCAGGCUCCUGUUCUUCUUAGCAUGUCUGUGAUCUGACCAGCCACCACGAGCCUCUACUCCUGUGUCCGGCACUGCUGUGCUGGGGCCUCACCCCUGCCCCAAACUCCAGCGCGGCCAUGGCAGCUGCCUCUACUUCCACCCCUGCAAUUUCACAGCCUCAGUCCACAGCCAUGAAUGAGCCACAGUGCUUCUACAAUGAAUCCAUCGCCUUCUUUUACAACCGGAGUGGGAAGUAUCUUGCCACAGAAUGGAACACAGUCAGCAAGCUGGUGAUGGGACUUGGGAUUACUGUCUGUAUCUUCAUCAUGCUGGCCAACCUAUUGGUCAUGGUGGCCAUCUACGUCAACCGCCGCUUUCAUUUCCCUAUUUAUUACUUAAUGGCUAAUCUGGCAGCUGCAGACUUCUUUGCCGGGUUGGCCUACUUCUACCUAAUGUUCAACACAGGACCCAAUACUCGGAGACUGACUGUGAGCACGUGGCUCCUCCGCCAGGGCCUCAUUGAUACCAGCCUGACGGCCUCUGUGGCCAAUUUACUGGCUAUUGCAAUUGAGAGGCACAUUACAGUUUUUCGCAUGCAACUCCACACACGGAUGAGCAACCGGAGAGUGGUGGUGGUCAUCGUGGUCAUUUGGACCAUGGCCAUUGUUAUGGGCGCUAUCCCCAGCGUAGGCUGGAACUGCAUCUGUGACAUUGAUCACUGUUCCAACAUGGCACCCCUGUACAGUGACUCCUACUUAGUCUUCUGGGCCAUUUUCAAUUUGGUGACUUUUGUGGUCAUGGUGGUUCUUUAUGCUCACAUCUUUGGCUAUGUUCGCCAGAGGACUAUGAGGAUGUCUCGGCACAGUUCUGGACCUAGGCGGAAUCGGGAUACCAUGAUGAGUCUUCUGAAGACUGUGGUCAUUGUUCUUGGUGCCUUCAUCGUCUGCUGGACUCCGGGGCUGGUCUUGUUACUGCUAGACGUGUGUUGCCCACAAUGUGACGUUCUGGCUUAUGAGAAGUUUUUCCUUCUCCUGGCUGAAUUCAACUCUGCCAUGAACCCCAUCAUCUACUCGUACCGCGACAAAGAGAUGAGCGCCACCUUCAGACAGAUCCUCUGCUGCCAGCGCAGCGAGAACCCCAACGGCCCCACGGAAGGCUCCGACCGCUCUGCCUCCUCCCUCAACCACACCAUCCUGGCUGGAGUCCACAGCAAUGACCACUCUGUGGUUUAGGAAGGGAAGCUGCCACCAGAAGCUAGCCUUUUUCCGUGGAGCAAUGAACAGCCUCCACCACCCCAUUGCCAGGGCAAGGUGGGGAGUGAGAGGAGGAAGAGACACGUGUCCUUAAACACUAACCCAUGGCAGUAUUUGUUCCUAAGCCCCAAGAGUCUUGCUGUGAACUGAAAAUGAGCUGGUGUAAGAUAGCCUUCACCCUGGUCCCCACUCCUUUUGAAAGUAGAAAGUGCAGUUCUUACAAUGGAAAUCAGAAGCAGACUCUGGGGUGUCCAUUUAGACUACACGAACUAGACUUGAAAAGAUUUUAUGUGGUGCAAGCCAGGAAACGUUUGACCAAUUGAGCUCACAACUUCGUUUGCAUACAGACGCCUCCCCAUUUUAGUCUUUCAGAGGAACAUUUCAUUUAGUAAACAAGUUUAUGCCUAUCAGCAUGUUUGUGAUGGGAAAGAGUACAGACUGUAAAAUGACCAUAACUGCAUUUUUUCCUUAUGUAGGAAAACUGUAAAUUUAAAUGAAUUUUUUGUUUAGAAAGCAUACAUGUAAUAUCUCUAUACAGUAUGCUUUACAUAAAAAGAUAAAAAGAUACUAAUUUUAGAUCUUCUAAGAGGUGGAAGGACCUAGUUGUGAACAGCAGUACUGGUUGAGGCUAUGAAAAGAAUCAAUGCUCUAAUCACAACAUUACCUUUUCUAAAACUAUUGUAACACAUAUUAAGAAAAAGAACAGGGAAUAUAACUUUAUUACCAAAAGAAUAUAUACUCUUAAAGUUUCAUAUAAGAUGAAGCUCAGUAAUAUUGUUUCUGCAUAUUUAGAAUACCCAAUGCAGGACAUCAAAUGAAAAAUUUAAAAGCCUGUGGUUCUUCUGAGUUAAAAAAUAAUGCAUACUUAUUGUAGAAAACUUGGAAAUUGCAAAAAUAUGUAAAAAGAAAAAUGAUUACUGAUAUUACAAUCCAAAAGUAACCAUUUUUAGUAGCUCCCAGCCAUGUAUGCCUGAAAACAUAUGUACUUUUUUUUUUUUUUACACAAUUUGGGUCUUAUUGUAAAAAGCUUUAUAACCAUUUUUAAAUUUCAGAAUUGCCAGGUUUUCCUGUGGCAUUAAAAAAACAGUAUUAGUGGCUAUAUAAUAUUCCAUUUAAUGCAACUCAGUUUAUUACCAUAUUAUUAAAUAGGUUAUUUUAAAUUUUCACUAUUAUAAAGUUGAAAAUUUUUGUGUAUAUAAAACUCUACCCAUAUAAUUAUUUGCUGAGGACCUAUUCCCAUGAAGGACUUCUUUUAAAAUGUGAAAUGUCUUGCUAUAUUUUUUACAAAAAGGGAUUUCCUAUUUUCAAACUACCUGAGUUUUGAAAGUGGAAACUGCCUGAGAAAAGCCAGUGAAAUUAUCUUUUUACAAAAGAAAUGUGGUGGUUACUUUAGUUGAGAGUAACCUUUAAUAUAACAUGGUGGAUUAUAAAUAGUUAAUAACCAAGACUUCCUAAUAUAACUAGCAAUCCUACAUUUUUCCCCUUUGGGGGGACUGGUUUAUCCCAAUCUUUGUAGCCACAACUGUAGAAUUAGAGAAAAUGCAAAGAAAUCAAAUGUGCCCAGGGAAUAAAGGAUCAGUGUGCUAAAUAGCUUGAAGCUCUUCUGAAUCAAAAGGAUGGGAUGUGUCAGCAUGUGACUGGCUGUGAUAUGUCCUCCAGGAAUCGCCCAGUUGGUGCUGUCAUAUUUAGUGCUAUCUGUCCAGUACAUUGUGAAGGCGACUAGUGAUUGCAUCAAUGCUCUGUAAGGAGCAACCAGGAAGUAGUACAGUCUUUUAGCAGGUGUGGGGAGGGUAAGGUGGAUGUCUAAAAGAAAGAAGGCCUGAAGUAGAGUGCCUAUCUUAGAAGAAGGAAGUCAGUUCGUGGUCUGUGUUUAAACAGAGGGUAGAAGUGUAAAGUGGCCAUGAUGAAAAAGUGGGAAGCCAGUUACAAAAAAGGAAUUUGCACACACUUUAUGCAUAUAUAGAACAUUUUAUACUGGAAGUGGAUGAAAUGAACUUGGGCUUUUACUGAUGUAUUUUUUAUGGAGGAGAUGUGAAGAACUAUUUGAAAUUGAAGGCAUACUAAUUAGACUUUAAUAAAUCACUCUCAGUGUUUGGUAA